AUGUCGACGACCUGCUUGCAAAACGCAACGAGCGACGAGCUGCUUGACGCCUUUGGCGCGGCGAUGCAGAUCCUGAAGCUCAAGUGCCUCGGGAGCAUCGAGAUUUUUCUGGGCAUGCGCAUCGAGUACGAAGACUUGCACGGGUACAUCGUCGACCACGAGCAAAUAAACAACAAACUGCUUCACAAGAACUAUCUAAGAUAG